AUGGCGACCUGCAGGCCCGUGGUCUCCGUCUACAACUUCGAGAACCCCAAGGAGAAGACCGGGACCGUGGUCAUGCCCCACGUGAUGCAGUCCCCUCUGCGCCCCGACCUGGUCCGGGAGGUCCACCGGGACAUGAACAAGAACAAGCGCCAGGCUUACGCCGUGAAGGCCAAGGCAGGCUACGACACCGCCGCCGAGUCCUGGUGCACCGGCCGAGCUGUGGCCCGUAUCCCCCGUGCCCCGGGCGGAGGAACCCACCGUGCUGGCCAGGCGGCCUUCGGAAACCAGGCCCGCGGCGGAGGCAUGUUCAACCCCACCAGGAUCUGGCGCCGCUGGCACCGCAAGGUGAACCUCACCAAGAAGCGCCAUGCCGUGGCUGUGGCUUUGGCUGCCAGCAGCUUGCCUCCCCUGGUGAUGGCACGGGGUCACCGCAUCAAUGAGGUGGCUGAGCUGCCUUUGGUGGUGACUGAUGGCAUUGAGAAGCUGAGCAAGACCAAGCAGGCCGUGGAGGCACUGAAGAAGCUUGGCUGCGGCGAGGACUUGACUCGGGUCCUCGAUUCCAAGAAGAUCAGGCCGGGCCAGGGCAAGGCGCGCAAUCGCCGAUACGUGAAGGCAUGCGGCCCCCUGAUUAUCUACAAUGAGGACCAGGGCAUCACUCGGGCCAUGCGAAACAUCCCCGGUGUGGAGACAGCGCACAUUGACCGCCUCAACCUGCUGCGCUUGGCACCUGGUGGUCACUUUGGCCGCUUCACUAUCUUCACAGAGAGCGCCUUCAAGAAGCUGUCGGCCAUCUACGGCACGCACAAGAGCGGCGCCCCGCUGAAGAAGGGCUACCACCUGCCCCGAGCCGCGAUGGCGAACGCAGAUCUUGCCCGCAUCAUCAACAGCACUGAGGUGCAGUCCGUGCUUCGCCCCAAGAAGGAGAAGGCCACCUUUGCCCCGAAGCGCAAUGCCUUGAAGAGCAAGGAUGUCAUGGAGGAGCUGAACCCAGGCUCCACUGACCGCAAGGCCGCGCUGCAGAAGAGCUCCGAGAAGGGCACAUCCGAGUUCGCCGAGGUGCAGAAGGCUAAGAAGGCCCGAAUCGAAGAGGCCAAGAAGUACAACAAGGAGCACAAGAAGGGCGAGGGCAGCUUCUACAAGACCCUGAUGAAGGCCUUCGAGGCCAAGGCAGCGGCGGAUGCGGCCAAGAAGGCGGCAGAGAAGAAGGAGGCUGAGGGCGAGGAGGAGGCGGAGGAGUGA